AUGACUUUGUUUUGCCUCCGGCGGCUGGGGCUCUGCCCCAGACCCCGUGGCUCCUCUCGCUACGCUCGAGUCGAUCUUUCUACAUCUUCUAAGUUCGGAGAGUUUGUGCCAUUUUCUGCCACAAAUUUGGUUCAACAUCAUCUACUUCCUCUAAGUAUAUAUGGAAAACUAACUGGCUCAGCUCUGUCGAAUAACCCACUAUCUACAAAAAUCAAAAAUGCAGAUUUCGUGUUCCAAGCCUUCACAACUACUAAAACUGCUCAGAGUUUAGCUUCGUCUAGAGCUGGAAACGUCCUCGAAUUCCAGUAUGGUACCGAUGCUACCUUGAUUGGUGCAAGUAUUCUCGAUUACCGUCUCGAGAGAUCUAGAAUCACCAAAGUACCCACUGGUGAACGGAACUACCAUGUUUUCUACUCGCUUAUGGCCGGAAUCUCGGACACUGAACGUGAACAUUUAGCACUCUCUGAUCUGAAUACCGCUAGAUACCGAUAUUUGGGCCAUCACUCACAGCUUAGGGUUGGAAUCGAUGAUAGACAGCGAUUCAAGCAGCUGCGAAGCUCUUUGAAGAGUUUGGAGUUCACUAGAGCUGACAUAGCCAAUAUUUGUCAAAUCCUCGCCGCUAUUCUUCAUAUUGGUCAACUAAUGUUCAGAUCAACUGGUGCUGAUGGUAUGAGUUCUGCUGCAAUUGAGGUGACAAAUACUGAUGUCCUUAACUGCAUUGCCGGAUUCUUAGGUGUCCGUCCUCAUAUCUUGGAAAGCACUCUUAGUUACAAGACUGUCAAAAUCCAAAAGGAUCGUGUUACCUUGGUCUUGGAUCAAUUGGGUGCCAGAGAAAACGCUGAUGAAUUGGCGAGAACUUUAUAUACUUUGCUCUUUUCCUGGAUUAUGGAAAAAAUUAAUAGUCGAAUUUCUCAGGCUGAGAGCAGAAGUGGCAGUACCGCUGGUUUCGAGAAUGAGAUCGAGUCUCUGGUUGACAAUACUAUCACCGUUGUUGAUUUCCCUGGUUUCACCAUUUCCUCUUCUGUACCAACCCUCGACAAACUUUUGCAUAAUUCUGCUAACGAAAUGUUCUACAACUUCAUGUUAAAGUCAUAUUUUGAGAAGCCUUUGGAGAAGUUUGACAGUGAAGAAGUUGCCGUUCCUGCUGCUGAAUACUUUGAUAACUCCGAUACUGUACGUAUGCUUUUUAGACCCACAAUGGGUUUAUUGUCUGUUAUCGAUGAUUAUUCUCGGCGUGAAAAGGAUGACAGCGCUUUGAUGCAUACUCUCCGUCAACGUUACGAUAAGAGUGGUAUUAUUGACACUGUGACUGCAAGAAGAUCCUUUUCCAUUCGGCAUUUCGCUGGUGAAGUUGAAUAUGAAGUUGACAACCUUAUUGGCUCCAAUACUGAAUCCAUUUCCGGAGAUAUUAUUUCCUUGUUCACUUCCUCGUCUUCCUCGGAUUUCCUGAAAAGCAUAUUCGGUUCUAGUGCUGUGGUGGACUCUACAUUCGGUACUGAGGUUGUACAGGCUCAUCUCUCGUCUAAACCUCUUCGUGCUCCUUCAGUAGUGAGAAGAAACACAACUAGUGGUGCGAACACAAAGCAGGAUGCUGAGAAAAAGAUUAAUCGUAAAAAUAAACAGCUCAAUGGAUGUGGUCAAUUCAUUUCUGCCAUCGACCGUCUUCUGGAUUCAUUUGAAGGUGCAAACCCAUAUUUUGUCAUAUGUUUGAAACCUAAUGAUCAUAGACUUUCUAAUUCAUUUGAUGCUAGAUGUGUUCGUCAACAAAUUAAAGCUUUUGGAUUGCCUGAAAUUGCCCGUGCCGUUAAACAAACCGAUUUCAGAGUGUUUUUGACCUUCAAUGAAUUUAUUACCGCCAUGUCCGCUAGCGAGGGUCACAAUUCAAAUCUCCUUCAAACCGCUGAUGGUGUCACCGAGCGUGAAAAGGCUAUUGAGAUGAUGCAUUCUUUGUCAUGGCCAGAACGUGAUGCCCGUUAUGGAUUCACUGGUAUCUUUUUAUCCGAACAUGCAUGGCUACAAAUUGUAGACCCCAAAAUGUCUUUUGCUCAGUCUGCUGCUCAAAGAUAUAUUGACUCUGGUGCUGAUCUGACUCCAGCUGCUAGGGGCUAUGCUGAUAAUGAUGCUUUCUACUAUGAUCCAGAUUCCAAAUCCAUUGCUGGUGCCACGAUAGGUGGGGACCUCUUCAAGUACAACGAUGGUAGGUCGAUUAACAACCAGGCAUAUAUUCGAACAAAGGAAAUGGGUGAAUCUGAACAGGAUCAGACCGACCAGUAUGCAGUAACUGGAGCAAGGAAGAGAUGGAUGUUCUUGGUAUGGCUCUGGACUUGGUGGAUUCCCGAUUGGUUCAUAAAGAUUCUCGGCAGAAUCCCCAGAAAAGAUAUUCGUACUGCCUGGAGGGAAAAGUUUGCCAUUAACUUAAUGAUAUGGGCUGCUUGUGCUUUCUGUGUUGUAUUUUUGAUUGGUUUUCCCAUCCUUAUUUGUCCCCUGCAAAACGUUAUGAGUACUGAAGAGCUAAGUCAAUAUUCCUCCAAGCUCAACCCUGGCAAGACGCUAACUCAAGUACGGGGUGUAGUCUUUGACUUGACAACGUUUGCCCCUAGUCAUUAUCCUCAAGUUGUCUCUACCGAUGAUAUUCUCAAUUAUGGUGGUCGUGACUCUAGUCCAAUAUUCCCUGUUCCAGUAUCUGGUGUUUGUCGUGGUACUAAUGGAAGUAUCAGUGAAUAUGUUGUCUAUGGACAGACAAGUAACUUUUCUGAUGCCAAUGCUGUAUACCACGAUUUUAGAUACUUUACUGGUGAUUACCGUCCUGAUUGGUAUUUGCAACAGAUGCAAUUCCUGAAUGCCAAUUUCAGAAAGGCUUACAUUGGUAUGACUCCUAGUGUCCUAAGUAAGACUGUUUCCCAACACAAGAAUGUCAUGGCUAGUUUGAAUGGUUAUGUUUAUGAUCUUUCAAGCUAUACCGCUGGCGAGGUUACCACAAAAGCGCCACAUGGCAAGAAAGUACCUGCUGAUGUUGACACACAUUUUAUGGACUCACGAUUGGUUAAUCUGUUCGAACAGUAUUCUGGAACUGAUAUUACCAAGAGGUUCAAUGAGCUAGACAUGAGUGAGGAGACCCGUGUUGAAAUGAACAGAUGUCUCAGAAAUCUAUUCAUGGUUGGCAAACUUGACACCAGAGACUCAGUCCGUUGUGUUUUUGCAAGAUACUUUUUAUUGGCGAUUACCAUUUUUGUUGUUCUUAUCAUUUUGGUUAAAUUCUUGGCAGCUUUGCAAUUUGGUAAAUCUCAUAUUCCUGAUGAGUUGGAUAAAUUCUUCAUCUGCCAAGUGCCUGCAUAUACAGAGGAUGAAGAAUCACUACGUCGUGCUAUUGAUUCUUUGGCUGCCACUCAAUACGAUGACAAGAGAAAACUUUUGAUCGUCGUUUGUGACGGUAUGAUUGUAGGUGCUGGUAACGAGCGCCCUACUCCUAGAAUCGUACUCGACAUUCUGGGCUGUCCUCCUGAUGUAGACCCACCUGCCUUGAGCUUUGAGAGUUUGGGUGAAGGUGCCAAACAGCAUAAUAUGGGUAAAGUGUAUUCUGGAUUGUAUGAGGUUCAUGGCCACAUUGUUCCAUAUCUAGUUCUAGUAAAGGUUGGUAAGCCAACCGAGAUUAAUCGUCCUGGUAACCGUGGUAAGCGUGAUUCACAGAUGGUGCUGAUGAGAUUCUUGAAUCGUGUUCAUUACAACUUGCCCAUGAGUCCUCUGGAAUUGGAAUUAUACCACCAAAUUCAGAAUGUUAUUGGCGUCAAUCCUGCAUAUUAUGAGUAUUUGCUGCAAGUUGAUGCUGAUACAAUGGUAGGCCCAACCUCUGCUAGUCAAUUUGUGUCUUCGAUGGUAAAUGACAGAAAGCUUCAAGCCAUUUGUGGUGAAACCGCUCUGUCUAAUGCUAAGAGUUCUAUUGUUACUAUGGUUCAAGUUUACGAGUAUUAUAUUUCCCACAAUCUGGCAAAAGCAUUUGAAUCCUUAUUUGGUAGUGUCACCUGUCUUCCUGGUUGUUUCUCAAUGUAUCGUAUUUAUGAUAACGAAACUGGUAAGCCACUUUUCGUAUCUCACCCAGUUGUGAAAGGAUAUGCUGAGAACAGAGUUGAUACUUUGCACAUGAAGAACUUGCUUCACUUAGGUGAAGAUCGUUAUUUGACAACCUUGUUAUUGAAGUACAAUCCUAGAUACAAGACCAAGUUUACUCGUCAUGCUGAAGCCUGGACUGUUGCGCCUGAUACCUGGUCUGUGUUCUUAUCUCAACGUCGUAGAUGGAUUAACUCUACGGUUCACAAUCUGAUCGAGCUGGUUCCUAUGGGUAAUAUGUGUGGUUUCUGUUGUUUUAGUAUGAGAUUUAUCGUCGUUGUUGAUUUGUUCAGUACGAUCAUUCAACCCGUGACUGUUGCUUAUUUGGCAUACCUGGUCUACUUGUUGGUCACCAAGACUGACGGUGUUCCCAUCACCUCUAUUGCUAUGCUGGGUGCGAUUUACGGAUUGCAGGCUUUUAUCUUCUUGUUACGUAGAAGAUGGGAGAUGAUUGGUUGGAUGCUCAUUUACAUCCUGGCCAUUCCUAUCUUUUCAUUGGCAUUACCAUUGUACGCUUUCUGGCACAUGGAUGAUUUCUCGUGGGGUAACACUCGUGUUGUUAAUGGUGAAAAAGCUGGUACUAAGGUUGUUCUUUCUGAUGAGGGCACUUUUGACCCAUCUGAAAUUCCCUUGAGAAGAUGGCAAGAAUACCAGGCUGAAGCUUGGCAAACAUCUGAAGCUAGAAAUGCCCCUGAUGCUAUGUCUAUUGCGAGAUCUCAAUACUCUGCCUCUCAAUAUUCCGUUCCAGCUCCUCCAGCUGGUGGCAAUGUAAGCAUUGCACCUACUGAAAGAAGCUCUGGUGGAACUCCAGCCGGAUCUGCCGCGGCUACACCAUCAAUCAGGGGGGAGGAACAUGAACUACAUUCUUUACCCCCUCAACUUCCUAUUCUUCCCUCUGACGGAGAAAUUACCAAUGCUGUUCGAGAAAUCCUGCGAACAGCAGACCUUAUGAUGGUUACUAAGAAGAGUAUCCGACUCCAAUUGGAGCAACAAUUUGGAGUUAAACUUGCAUCAAGAAGAGAUUAUAUCAACUACGUCACAGAAGCAAUUCUUACUGGAGAACUGUAA